AUGGAAGAUAAGAAAUACAUCCAGAGUUUGGAAAAAGAGCUGCUGAAUUGUUCUCAAGAAAUAGAUUAUCUUCGGGAUCAACUCAGUGCAAGAAACACGGAAGUGAACUAUCUAAAAGAGCGUGCUUGCAAUCUUGAUUUGAAAUUCAAGGAGAUAGAAGAUUUACGAAAAGAAGUUUUCAGCUUGAGGGAGGAACUGAAAAUCUCCAAUUCAAAGCAGUUUUCUUUGAUUCGGGAACUAGAGACUAAGGAAGUGGAGUUAGAGCUAUCAGCAUUGUCCGUCGAGAAAUUGGAUGAAUCAUUUUCAUCCAUUGGAUUAGAGUCACAGUUUGAAGUUGAAACUAUGAAGCUUGAUAUGAUGGCCUUGGAACAGGAUUUAUUCGAGACCAAGAAAAUUCAGGAUGAAACUCUAGAAGAAAAUAAUAGAAUGAGUAGAUUGAUUGAUGAGUUACAGAGUGCAGUGCAGGAUGCAGAAAAAACUAUCAUCUAUUUGAAUGAAGAAAAUAAGGAAAUUAAAGAGAAGCUUGAUGCUGCCAACAUGAAUACUAGAUUAUUUUCUCAAAAGGUUGAAAACUGGCUGGAAAACAAGGACAGACUGCAAAUCAAGGAUCGGUCAAAAAGCAAAGCAGAAGACACAAGAAUUUAUGGAGAAAUAUUGGGUCCACUCCUUGGUAUUUUAGCAAUGAAGCUAGAUCAAGCUGCAGAAUUGAAAGAGGAGAUGGAGAUGUCCUAUCAGAUCCAAGAAUAUGAGUUUCUUGUGGAGAAACUCAAGGAAGAAUUAAGAGUGGAAAGAUUGAGGGCGAAAGAAGAAGCAGAAGAUUUAGUUCAGGAAAUGGCAGAGCUGAGAUACCAACUUACAGGCCUGCUUGAAGAAGAAUGUAAGCGUCGUGCUUGCAUUGAACAUGUGUCCUUGCAAAGAAUUGCCGAGUUAGAAUCUCAGCUUCAAAGACAACAGAGAAACCUGUAA